UUUUCAAUUGAUUUUUAAGUUGACACGUAAGCUAAAUUGAUAUCCUAAUUAAAUGGCACCUAAAUAUAGUCUCUUUUUAAUUAGUAGAAACUUAAGGUUACAAUAUUUUAAAUGAUCUCCAAUUAAUAUAUAGAGGAUUUGUGUUGAAGAAAGAAAAAAAUAUCUUAAGUUAUUCAAAUCAAAACCUUCCUUUUUGAGAAAGAAUUCAAAGUAACCUUUAUGACAAAAAGUGAAUUUUAAAUGAAAUGUAUGAACAGUUUUUUUUUUUGUAAACGUCCUCUGUCAAGAAAAAAAUCUAUAAAUUAAGAUCCAGCCGUAAGAAAGUUUCAUAAAGUACAAAAAAAAAAAAAAAAGAACCAAAUGAAAGAAACACUUUCUGUUUUGUGUCUUGUUCUUCUUGUUUCAGUUUCCGAAGCAGCAGUCACGAAACCAGGUAUUGGAGAAUUCCUCGGAUGCCUUCGUUCUUGGCCUAGUCCCGAAUCUCCAAUCACCGAUGAUAUCUUCACUGCCGAUAACACCACCACCUUCUUGUCUUCUUACUUGGCUUACACGAAAAACACGAGGUUCGAGAGCCCUAACUACCAAACACUGUUGGCCAUCGUCACGGCAAAAAACCUAUCUCACAUUCAAGCCACGGUGGUAUGCGCAAAGUCCAACGGUGUCCAGAUACGUAUCCGAAGCGGAGGCCAUGACUACGAGGGGCUAUCAUACAUCUCCUCAGUCCCAUUCGUCAUUCUCGAUCUGUUCAAUCUCAGGUCUAUUACCGUUGACGUGCCAAGCAAGCAAGCUUGGGUUGAAGCGGGUGCCACGUUGGGAGAGCUCUACACAAAGAUCAGCGACGCGAGCGAAACGUUAGCGUUUCCUGCUGGCGUUUGCUCUACCGUAGGAGCUGGAGGACACAUAAGCGGUGGAGGAUACGGGAACCUCAUGAGAAAAUACGGAUUAACAGUGGACAAUGUCGUUGAUGCACUUAUAGUUGAUGUUAAUGGCAAGCUCUUGAAUAGAUCUACAAUGGGAGAAGAUCUCUUCUGGGCGAUUCGAGGUGGUGGUGGUGGGAGUUUCGGAGUCAUCCUCUCUUGGAAAAUAAACCUAGUCGAUGUUCCAGAGAUCUUGACGGUGUUUAGGGUUAACAAAACAUUGGAACAAGGCGGAAUCGAUGUUCUCUACAAGUGGCAGCUUGUCUCAUCCAAACUCCUUGAUGGACUUUUCCUCAGAGCACUGUCUCAGGUCGUAAACAGAACCAUCACGGUUGAGUUCUAUGCUCAGUUCUUGGGUCGAGCCGAUGAGCUUGUGGCGAUAGUGAACCAAAGCUUACCUGAACUAGGGCUAAAACGCCAAGAUUGUUUAGAGAUGAGUUGGCUUAACACAACGUUGUUUUGGGAAGACUUACCUGUCGGUACACCGACAAGCGUUCUUUUAGAUAGACCGUCUAAACCGGAAAAGUUCUUCAAGAGCAAAUCGGAUUAUGUCAAGAAACCAAUCCCUAAAGAAGGAAUCAAGAAGCUUUGGGAAGCAUUGUUGGAGUUCAACAAUAAUAAUAUUGUGUAUAUGCAAUGGAACCCUUACGGUGGCGUGAUGGACACGGUUCCGGCGGCCGCCACCCCGUUUCCUCAUCGGAAAGGAAACUUGUUCGAGGUUCAGUAUUAUACGUCGUGGUUGGACGCAAACGCCACAAUGGGUAGCUUGGAUAUGAUGAAGAAGUUGUACGAGGUUGCGGAACCGUACGUGUCAAGUAACCCGAGAGAGGCGUUUUUGAAUUACAGAGACAUUGAUAUUGGAAGCAAUCCGAGUAAUGAAACAAACGUUGAGGAAGCUGAGAUCUAUGGUUCGAAGUAUUUCGUGGGGAAUUUAAAGAGGUUGAUGGAAGUUAAAGCCAAGUAUGAUCCUGAGAACUUUUUCAAGAACGAGCAGAGUAUUCCUCCUGCGCGUGUGAAGCAGUAGUGUUGCUAGUUUUCAAAAUUUAAUUGUAAUAAGUUAUGUGGACAUGUGUUAUAGACUUUAUAGUAGCUGUAUUGUUUUCGUUGCUGUCCCAUAAUUUGCAUUAUGAUCAUUUUGUUAUAUUUAGUCAUUACUGAAUAAAGAAUUUCAUCGAACCGAGGUUUUGUACUUUUAUUUAGAAUAGCGGAAGCACUUAAUAAAUUGAGAAUUAUAAUUUACCGUUUUGUGAUGAAGGUUAAUGAUUAGAACAAUACUUUUGUAUUAAGUUAAACCAAUGCAAGAAACUUUUAAACUCAAAUCAUUAUGUAUGUUAAACGUUCUUUUUUUGUGUACUUUGAUUUCUAAUAACAAAAGCAAGUAGGCAACCCGUAUAGUUAAACCAAUUCUAGUGAAAACUUCCAUAUAUGUUACAAAAAGAAUUAUUCGAUGUUUGGUUGUAGUGUUUUACAAUGGACGAGCAAACAUCAAAAGCUGUCACCGAGACCUUUGUACGUUUAUUCGAGGAAGGGCUUAUCUAUAGGGAUAUUCGGCUUGUUCAUUGGGAUUGUCAUUU